AUUUUGGACUACUCAUUCCUUUCUCUGCAUCAUUAUUGUUGAUAUUGUUAUAACUGUACUGUAUUUUAGUCCAUUUUUUAAGGGGUGGUUUCUCAGCAAUUUCGGUGAUUAAUUUCCUGUGUAAAGAAUAUAAGUUUAUAUGAAGAACAAAUGAACUCUGGAGAAAGACAAUCUCGUGGUCACUGCUUCAUAGAGGAAACAUAUAGCUAUUUGAAAGAAUUAAAGCAUGAGCAGGUACAGGGAGAUAGAAAUGAACAGCACAGAGGCUGAUAAAAGCAAAGGAAAAGCGCCGCUCAUCGAACAUGAGAAAGAAAAGCAUUACGAUCCAGAAAAUCCGCCAGAGAGUUCAGGAAUUUCCAAAGAAGGGCUUUACGAUAUAGAAAAUCCACCAGAGAAUUCAAGAAUCUCCAAAGUCCCAACUCACAUGAGGGUGAGAAACUUAGCAGCUUACGAGCCAAAAGUGGUGUCGAUCGGUCCGUAUCACCAUGGUAAACUUCAUCUUGUGCCAAUGGAGAACCACAAGCAGACAGCGCGAGAUAACCUUGUCAAGGCAUCUAAACUGACACUCAAACACUUUGAGGAUGAAAUGAAAAAAGUGAUGGAAACAUUGAAGAUGUUCUAUGUGGAUCUGGACAGCCAUAAAUGGAAUGAUGAUGCAUUCGUCGAGCUCAUGAUUCUUGAUGGAUGUUUCCUCAUUGAAAUCUUAUCUGGUCCUUAUAAAUUUCAUAAGCCUUACUCAACUGCUCAUCCCAUUUUUAGUGAACAUGGGCAUGCGAUAUACUAUGAUGCUGUGAUGCAAGAUUUGCUGAUGGUUGAGAAUCAAAUACCUUACCUUGCAGUUGAAACAUUAUGGAAUUGUAGAAUGGAAAUCGAACCGGGGGUGAAUGCGGUCUCAAAUGUCAUCUCUCAAUGGAUUUGGAUUGGCGUGAAAGAGCCAGGCCAUCACAUUCUUGACACGCAUAUUGUGGGAUUACUAGAAGUGGGUAAGAAGAAUAGGAAGCCUGAUGUAAAAGUGAGGUGUGCUUUGAAGCUUUACCAGUCUAACGUGCAGUUCAAAAAGAGUGCUUCCUACAAGGAUAUGGGCUUCGAUAAAGAAACUGGAAUCUUCACCCUUCCAUCUAUUAUCAUCAACGAACGCACAGUAACAACUUAUCUCAAUAUGGUUGCGCGGACUCUUACAUGGUCAGCAUCAAAAACAGCAGAACUUGCCAUUUACGCUCAUCUCUUGGGCGUUCUUGUACAGUCGGCCAAGGACGUUAGAGUGCUCCAACGCUAUGAAAUCAUAGUUAAUGAACUAAGUAACCAUGAGGCUGUUGUGGAUGUUAUACAGGAAAUUGUCAAUGGCAUCACUGUUCCGGAUGAUGUGAGAACUAAACACAGAUCGGUUCUCAAAGACCUGAAUGAGUUUUGCCAAAGGAAAACUAUCAGGUUGAAGAAAGUAUUGUAUAUUUGGUUAUUGAACCUCCGGCAGACACAUUUUAGAACUCCAUGGUCUGGAUUAUCUUUAAUUGCCGCAAUCGCUCUUUUGACACUCGCUGGCAUUCAGGCUGCGUAUGCAAUCUUGUCGUAUAAAAAACAAAAACAUUAGCGUGUA